UCUCCUACCCCUGAGCCUAAAUUGCAAAACCCCAAGGCACACCAUUUUCUUUAUAUCCAAUCCCUCUAAAAGCAUCAAUUUUUCUAUUAAUCCAGUUGAAUUGAUCCUUAGUUUGCCUCCAAGUUUAUUAUUUGUUAGGGCAUUUGUGGAAAUUGGGUACCGUCUAUGAGUCAUCUUUUAAUAGCUUUGCUACUGAUCAUAUAUUUAUACUUGAAUUUAUUUUUGGUUCUGUUUUUUUGGAAACAGAGUCUCUCAUUUAUUUCAUUUUGAGCCCUGAGACCACUCUUAACUGUAGUUUUCUUGUGACUUUCAUCCACAUCGUUUACUUGGAUGUUAAAUACAUCCUAUUUGGUUCGCAGUUCUCUGAUGCAUCUCCACACUGGUUUGGGUUUCUAGCAUUUAGUUAAUCUAAAUUGAACUCCUAAUCUCGCAUUUGCUCCUAGAAUAUUACAAAUAAUCUGAUACAUACACUUUUUCUUGGGUUGUAUUCCAUCUCAGAGCACUCCAGAUCAUUUACAUGCACUGGGUGCUUUGACACCCUAUCCUAAAAUUGUAUUGAGUCUUAUUUUUCAAGAUUAUAUGCAUUUACCUAAGAAUUUACUGAGUAAUUUUCAUUGUAGAGCACUUGGAUAGGUUGGGUUUUGGCCCUUGGGUCCAUCAAGAGUUAAAGUUCUUGAUUACUAUUACUGUUAGUGAAAAGUUGGUAGACAUAUCAGGUUGGAGAGCAAUAUAUUGUCCCUCUAAAUUCUGCCUGAAUUCGUUUGCCCCAAGGCUUGAAUUAGUAGUAUGGCCAGUAAUCAAGGUUCUUCGUCUGGGAGAAAUGUUGCAUCUAACUGGACAGCCCAGCAAAAUAAAUUGUUUGAAAAGGCCAUAGCUGUUUAUGACAAAGACACUCCUGACCGUUGGCAAAAUGUGGCUGCCAUGGUUGAUGGAAAAUCUCGAGAGGAAGUCAAAAGGCAUUAUGAGGUUUUAAUAGAGGAUUUAAAUUGCAUUGAGGCAGACAAUGUGCCUUUCCCUAAGUACAAAUCUUCAGCUUCUAACAAAGGAGAGGGCUCAGGAGGCAUUUGGGAGAAAAAGAGAACAGGCAUAUCUAAAAACUCGUUUCUUUUAUGGGCCGAACAAAUCAGGGUGGCGGAGGGCGGCCGAGUUAUUUUUUUUUUUGAGAGGGAGGGAGGCGGCGGCAGCCAUGGAGGGGGGCUCCCCGCAGGGGCGGCCACUGCCGAGCCUACGGGUCGUGACCCACAAAGGCACCCUAGGCCGCCACUGUGGGGCGCGGCCCGCAGCCCCGACAACGCCGUCGCUAUGGGGCGUCGCCCAUAG